AUGGACUCGAUGAUGAACAAGACGAAGGACACGGCGGACAAGUACACUGGCGACAAGUCGAUGUCGGACCAGGCCAAGGAUACUGCAAACAAGUACACUGGCGACAAGUCUAUGAUGGACAAGGCAAAGGACACGGUGAACGACUACACUGGAGGUAAUUCGAGCAAUAAGUCCAUGUCAGACCAGGCUAAGGACACGGCGAACAAGUACACUGGUGAAAAGUCGUUCUUGGACAAGGCAAAGGACGUUGUGAACGACUACACGGGAGGCAAUUCAAGCAACAAGUCGAUGUCAGACCAGGCAAAGGACACGGCGGACAAGUACACUGGUGAUAAGUCGAUGUCGGACCAGGCCAAGGAUACGGCAAACAAGUACACUGGCGACAAGUCCAUGAUGGACAAGGCAAAGGACACGGUGAACGACUACACUGGAGGUAAUUCGAGCAAUAAGUCCAUGUCAGACCAGGCUAAGGACACGGCGAACAAGUACACUAGUCACGAUUCGUACUAG